AUGAAGAGGUGCACCGUCUUCUCAGACUAUUGUUGUCAGAUUUUUGGUUAUCGCGCCCGGUUAAAUGGUUUGAAUGGUUCAGUGUUCUUGUUUAGAAGUGUUAGCAAUAUGUUGUCAUCUGGCUCGACAGAUAUGAGGCCUUUUCCUGACUACUCCCCCAAGAGACCAACCAUCAAGGAUGCUGAACUUGUCCAUGGCAUCUCCACCACAAUAAAGUUGCGCAGAUUUGAGCCCUUGCGCAGGAUUCUGAAGCAUUAUGAAUCUAAGUUCAGGUCUGACCAUCUAAUUUGGGUGCUCAUGAAUAUCAAGAGUGACUAUAAGCUGGUUUUGGAUUUGUUUGAUUGGGCAUGCUUACGUAGGGAUCCAACUCUGGAAGCUCGUUGCAUUGUUGUGCACAUUGCUGCAGCAUCAAAUGAUCUUAAAACAGCUCAUGGGCUAAUCCGUGAUUUUUGGGCAAAACCCAAGUUAGAUGUCAGUCUUUCAUGCACUCACUUCAGUGACCGGUUGAUAUACACUUACAAGGACUGGGGUUCAGAACCCCAUGUGUUUGAUGUUUUCUUCCAGGUCCUUGUUGAACUUGGAAUCCUCAACGAAGCAAGAAAACUUUUUGAUAAGCUGUUAAGUUAUGGAUUGGUUAUCUCAGUUGAUUCCUGUAAUUUCUUUCUUUCUCGUUUAGCAAGCAGCUCUGAUGGAAUUGAGAUGGCAAUAAAGUUUUUCAAUGAAUAUCUUGAAGUGGGUGUUCAUUGGAACACAUCAUCAUAUAAUAUUAUCAUUCAUUCCCUCUGUCGAUUAGAGAAGAUAAAAGAAGCCCACCAGUUACUACUGCUAAUGGAGUUGAAGGGUUGUUUGCCUGAUGUUGUAAGUUAUAGUACUUUAAUCAGCCGAUAUUGUCAUGUUGGAGAACUACAGCAUGUGUUGAAACUCAUAGAAGAGAUGAAUAGUAAGGGAUUGAAAACAAAUUCCUAUACCUAUAACAGCAUAAUACUUCUUCUCUGCAAGACUGGAAAACUAUCUGAAGCGGAAAUGAUAUUGAGGGAAAUGCUGGUUCUGGGAGUACUUCCUGAUUAUGUCAUCUACACAACUCUAAUUGAUGGUUUCUGUAAGUCUGGGAAUGUUCCAGCUGCUUGGAGGCUGUUCGAUGAAAUGCGGGUUAGGAAAGUUAUCCCAGAUUUUAUAACCUAUACUGCUAUCAUUCAUGGAUUCUGUCAAACAGGGAAGAUGAUGGAUGCAGAUAAGCUCUUUCACGAAAUGGUUAGUAAAGGGUUGGAACCAGAUGAAGUUACUUAUACAUCACUUAUUGAUGGUUAUUGCAAAGCAGGUCAGAUGAAAGAGGCCUUUUCUCUUCACAACCAGAUGGUUAGUAUGGGGCUGAGACCAAAUGUUGUCACCUAUACUGCACUGGCUGAUGGUCUUUGUAAACGAGGGGAAGUAGAUAUAGCAAACGAACUUCUUCAUGAGGUGUGCAGGAAAGGCCUUCAACUUAAUGUCUGCACAUACAAUACGAUUGUUAACGGUCUCUGUAAAAUGGGAGAUAUAGGGCAAGCAGAAGAAUUGAUGAAACAAAUGGAGGUUGCAGGACCCCAUCCUGAUACUAUUACUUAUACGACUCUCAUGGAUGCAUACUGUAAGACAGGGCAGAUGGCUAAGGCUCACAAGGUCCUUCGUGAGAUGCUGGAUAAAGGGCUUCAACCUACAGUUGUUACAUUUAAUGUACUGAUGAAUGGGUUUUGCAUGUCAGGAAUGCUAGAAGAUGGUGAGAAGUUACUUAAAUGGAUGUUAGAUAAAGGUAUUGCGCCUAAUGCCACCACCUACAAUUCUCUAAUGAAGCAGUACUGCAUUAGAAAUAACAUGCGUGCUACGACUGAGAUGUUAAAGGGCAUGUCUGCUAGUGGAGUGAUGCCUGAUAACAACACGUAUAACAUUUUAAUAAAAGGGCAUUGCAAACAAAGGAAUAUGAAGGAAGCAUGGUUUUUGCACAAAGAAAUGGCAGGGAAGGGAUUUAUUCUUACAGCUAGUUCCUACAUUGCACUUAUUAAUGGUUUUCUUAAGAGAAAGAAGUUUGUGGCGGCAAGAGAACUCUUUGAAGAGAUGAGAAGACAAGGGUUAGUAGCAAAUAGAGAAAUUUACAACAUCUUUGCUGAUAUGAACUAUGAAGAAGGAAACAUGGACAGUACUCUUGAGCUUUGUGAUGAAGUAAUAGAGAAUUGUCUUGGUGGCGAGUCCAAAUAUGAAGACACAUAGCUUGAAUGACAUUAUUUGGGAGAGAAGUUGCCACUCAUGGUUUGUGCUGACUCGCAUGUGGGUUGCUAUGGUGAUAUUUCCGAGUUCCAUGCCUUUUGAUCCAAGUGUCUUGCGCAGUUUUUCUGAAAUGAUGAGGAU